AUGGACUCUAUUUUCAUAUCUGCAGGGUGCACACGGAAGCCAAAGGUUUCUUCCAUGUUUGGAGAUAAGAUUGCCUAUGGGUCAGGGCCUAACAUUGUUAUAGCCGAUGAGGAGAAGAUUCUUUCUGUGCUUUACAUGGACGGCGAUGUGAAUGCUGUUGAGUGUGAGCACAACAUGAUGGUGGUGGGAGAUGUCGACGGAGGAGGGUAUCUGAUAAGAGACGGAGAGAUCAAGAAGUAUAGCUUCGGGGGCUGCAUAGAAGCUGUUGGAUUUGUAGACAGAUCAAGCGCCAUGUUCUGUACGAUAGACACAACCUUUGUGUAUGAUAUAGAUGACAAUGUCGUCAGACAAGAGAUCAAGAACGAAUGGAUUCCCACGUGUUUAACGGCUGCUUGGAACAAGACGUUUGUUGGAAGCAGAAAGGGAAGUAUUUUUGUGCUGGACGUUACUGGCAGCGGUGCAAGGUGGCGAGAAGUUGAAGGACACGGCGAUAGCAUUCAUGACAUCAAGUCUGCGCGGCUAGGGGGAGAGACAUAUGUUGCUACAUCCUCACAGGACGAGACGGUAAAGAUAUGGAGGGUUGUUGAGGGAGACAUGUGUCUUGAGCAUGUUCAGACCCUCAACGGCCACACGGAUUGGGUCUAUGGGCUAUGGUGGACAGAGGAGGGGGAUUUGCUUAGCUCGUCUGCGGACAACUCGAUAAUCCACUGGAAGAAGGGGUCGGUAUGGGAGGAUGUGAUGAGGCUUGGCGGGGAAGGAGCAUUUCUUGGUGUGCUGAUGGUUGGAAAUUCGAUUAUAGGCCAGUCUCGUUCGGGGGGAUUUUACAAGUUUGGAGAUGUGCUUGAGGGCUUUAUUUCUGGGCAUGUUGACGGGGUGAAGUCCAUCGACUGGAGGGGGGAGUUUCUACUGACGGCAUCGCUUGACAUGACAUCCAGGAUAUUCUACAGGGGGCACGAGGUAGGCAGGCCCCAGAAGCAUGGAUAUGCUUUGACGUCGGCGAGAUUUCUUAACGAGGAGGACCUCCAGUUCAUAGGAUCUGCACAGGAGACGAUUUUAAGGGUCUAUGAGCCCACACAGGUGUUUUAUAUGUCAUGCAUGUGGGUGGAAAGCUGCAGCAAGGGCAUAGCUGAAUCGCUUCGAAGGAUGGCCGUCUCCCACCACAGGAGAUCCCUGGACGAUUUUUUCCCUGAUGUCAACAGCCUGAAGUUUGCGGCUGUUUGUGCAGAGCUGUCUCUGACAAACGAGGUUUGUGAGGACUUUGUGUUUGAGUCCCUCAACGAGCAGCUGCUGUCUGUAACGACAUUCAACGAGAUAAAGAAAGUUUACGGACAUUAUUUCGAUGUGUCUGACCUGGCCGUGUCAAAGGACUUUAUUGUUUCUUGCAACAGAUCGUCGCUAAAGAAGUUUUCUGGGAUUUUUGUGUGGAACCGGGCUUUUGAGCUUAUUGAUUACAUAGAGGAGCAUGAUUACGGAAUAGAGAGGCUGGUGUUUUCGCGCGACGGGAGGUAUCUAGCGGCAGCCUCGAAGGACAGAACGGUGUCUGUCUACAAUGUCGGCAAGGACAUCAAGCUUGCCCGGAGACUAAAAGACCACAGGAGGAUUGUGUGGGACUGCAGCUUUAGCCACGACUCGAAAUAUCUUGCUACAUGUUCUCGGGACAAGAGUGUGCUUGUGUAUGAGCUCCCGGAGCUCAGGGUGAAGUACAUGUCCAGAUUUGACUGCGAGGCCACUUCUUUGUGCUUUUCGCCCAGAGAGUAUCUCCUGGUUGUGGGGCUUGAGUCUGGCGAUGUGGUGAGUCUGGGGUUUAGAAAAGGAGAGCUGGUGGUCUGGAAGAGAAGCAGAGAGCAUGGCAGGCAGGUGAAUGUGGUAUCCUUCAACGAGGAUGGGAGCAGAUGUGCUACGGGGGGAGCUGAUGGAAUGGUCAAGGUGUUUCUGGUGCGACCGGCAUGUUCGGACGACUGGGUUGGCGAUAAGGAGACCGAAAAUUUUGCCCUAGGGGCUGAUGUCGAAGAUACACAAGCUGGGAAGAGAGAUGAUGACUGA